UUUUUUUUUUAAACUGAACAGAACUGUGAAAUAAUUUCCAAACACAUGUUGUUUUUAAACAAAGUAAUAGGCAAUAUGCAGAUUCAUCUUAAUAUAAAUGUUUGCAAUGCAUCGUACUGCUGUGAUACUGACUAUUUAUCUUAUAAGCGUGUCAGCGGAGAGAGAGAACGCUAAAGAGUCGAUUUCCUGCAGUCCGACUUUGGAAGGCUCCGAACUUAUCGUCAAUGCAACAUGGAAUAACACUGUUGAUAUGUCAAUCAAACACAAUGAGGUUAUAGUCUUGGUGUGUAGGGCGAAGCAAAACUGUACACCUAUUUACAAAUUCCCAUUCAAACUAGCGAAUCCAGUGGACAUAAUGGACAGCAUAUCGUCGGUCACACUGAAAGUAGAGACCGCGACCAGAGAAGGUUCACAACCAACGGGAGGCAAAUGGAGCCUACACUAUUUCGGAAAGGGGGAGAUAGUAAAUACAAACUGCUUAGUUGUAGCUAUGAGUGACAUCCAAUGUGAAAGUAACACAACAACUUCCGGUUUCUGCAUCACUUGUUUUGCAAGUCAAGUUUUCCCUCCGGCUCUGUGCGAGAUCAGUGUCAACAAUUUUAGAGAGACUCAAAUCGUAUCGCAAGACCAGAUUAUCUACACUCACCACAAUACUUCAUCAGAACCUGUGUACUACAACUCCAGCUGUAGUUAUGUGAUCCCAGGCCAAGACGUCACCGCUUUAGCCAUCACAGUGGAUGUUUAUAUGUAUCCAAAUUUUAUCGGCCAAGAAUCUGCUCAGAAGUUUAGAAAACAUUCAAGAAUCCUCUUUGACUUGGCUAAAGAGUCUAUUUCCUGCAGUCCUACUUUGGAAGGCUCUGAACUUAUCGUAAAUGCAACAUGGGUUAACACUGUUGAUAUGUCAAUCAAACACAAUGACGUCAUAGUCUUCAUCUGUAUUGCAAAGCAAAACUGUUUAUCUAUUUACAAAUUCCCAUUGAAACUAGCGAAUCCAGUGGACAUAAUGGACAUCAUAUCGUCGCUCACACUGAAAGUAGAGACCGCGACCAGAGAAGGUUCACAACCAACGGGAGGCAAAUGGAGCCUACACUAUUUCGGAAAGGGGGAGAUAGUAAAUACAAACUGCUUAGUUGUAGCUAUUAGUGACAUCCAAUGUGAAAGUAACACAACAACUUCCGGUUUGGGCAUCAAUUGUUUUGCAAGUCAAGUUUUCCCUCCGGCUCUGUGCGAGAUCAGUGUCAACAAUUUUAGAGAGACUCAAAUCGUAUCGCAAGACCAGAUUAUCUACACUCACCACAAUACUUCAUCAGAACCUGUGUACUACAACUCCAGCUGUAGUUAUGUGAUCCCAGGCCAAGACGUCACCGCUUUAGCCAUCACAGUGGAUGUUUAUAUGUAUCCAAAUUUUAUCGGCCAAGAAUCUGCUCAGAAGUUUAGAAAACAUUCAAGAAUCCUCUUUGACUUGGCUAAAGAGUCUAUUUCCUGCAGUCCUACUUUGGAAGGCUCUGAACUUAUCGUAAAUGCAACAUGGGUUAACACUGUUGAUAUGUCAAUCAAACACAAUGACGUCAUAGUCUUCAUCUGUAUUGCAAAGCAAAACUGUUUAUCUAUUUACAAAUUCCCAUUGAAACUAGCGAAUCCAGUGGACAUAAUGGACAUCAUAUCGUCGCUCACACUGAAAGUAGAGACCGCGACCAGAGAAGGUUCACAACCAACGGGAGGCAAAUGGAGCCUACACUAUUUCGGAAAGGGGGAGAUAGUAAAUACAAACUGCUUAGUUGUAGCUAUGAGUGACAUCCAAUGUGAAAGUAACACGACAACCUCCGGUCUGGGUAUCCAUUGUUUCGCAAGUGAAGUUUUCCCUCAGGCUCUGUGCGAGAUCAGUGUCAACGCUGAAGGGGUGACACAGUUCAUAACGCAAGACCAGAUUAUCUACACUCACCACACUACGUCAUCAGAACCUGUGUACUACAACUCCAGCUGUAGUUAUGUGAUCCCCAGCCAAGACGUCCCAGCUACAGCCAUCACAGUGGAUGUGUACAUGUAUCCAAAUGUUAUCGGACCGGAAUCUGCUCAGAAGUUUAGAAAACAUUCCAGAAUCUCCUUCGACUUGGCGGUGUCUACUUCCUGUCUGCCUGCACAAGAAGGGGGAACAAGCCAGCUGAAGUUUUCUUUCAGCAAAACUGCGUCUGUCCAAAUCAGUCGAGAUGAUGGGGACAUCAAUGUGUUGUGUGAGGCAAACCAAAUCUGUACGGUCUCUGACGCCCUCGGUUAUAUCCAAAAUAUUACGGAGGUCACUUUGAACAGUAGAACCACUUUGGCAAUAAGCGUCCAAAAUGUCACUCGUCAUAUUUCUGAGAGCUUAGCAAAUAACUGGACCGUGACUGUCACAGGAGUAUCGCGGCCUCAAAAACAAUCUUGUAGAAUAUAUGAGCUGAGCAAGGAGAUUGCCUGCCAAUACUCGCCUUUGUUAGACAGUAUUGAAAUGUCUUGUAAUGCUCCGAGAAUGUUUCCCGCAGGGAGAUGUCGUUUUCAAGCUACGUUUGGAACAGGCAGAGCCGUAGAGACACAGCAUAUCAAAUACAGCAAGUCACAAGUGUCCAAAAACCCAGACUACUACAACAUGACCUGCAGUGCUCAAGUCUCUUGGGACUUAAUUCAUCAACAAACUCCGAGUAUCCUGGUAUCUAUCUACCCAGAUCUCUCUGGAACUGAACAAGACGUAAUCUACGGAACAGAACGUACAGAGACAAUUAAUAUGGAAGUACCACCCGUAGAGUUGGAUCAUUUUUGCCCGCCAUCAAUAGAAAGAGGAACCCAAAAUAUCGUGUGCCAAUGUUGGAGCUCAUCCAACGAUACUAUAGCCAUUUGGAGCUCGAGCUUCAAUGAACAUGCCAUUGAGUCCAACACCCUGACAUUCAACGCGACCAGGUUCACUGUAUUUUACUGCAAUGGAAGGAACACACUGGGCCACUUGGGAUUACCAAAAAUUUACAAGCCUGAAAUUACAUAUCCACCGACGUUAGUAAAGGGGGAUGAAAUCACCACCAACGAAUCUCUAUAUGAUGUCUCAAGCUAUUAUAUAAAGUGCAAAGCAACUGAAGUCUCCGGAGCUGGUGUUCAGCUGGUCAAACUGACCGAAAUUUUGGGUUGGAAUAGGGAAGAACACACAGUACAGACACAAAAUAACGAAGUUAUCUGCCCCAAUUCAGUUUUUUACAACUGCGUGGAAUCUGACAGUGAGAGCGUUGAGACUGACGUUGUAAAAUGUGAAAAGGUGGAAACGAGCAGCGGCUCCAGCAGUUCAGUUGCAAUAGGAUUAGCUGUCUGCCUCAGUAUUGUUUUUAUCGUCAUUAUCAUCGUAGCAAUCGUUAUUUUUUGGAAAGUGAAACCUUCAUUCCUGCACCUCCCAUCGCUCAAAGCCAGAAAAGACACGUGUUAUGAUGACCCAGGCGAGUACACCUAUACGUCUGGUAAAAACAUAGACAAUACAUACUUGACCCCAGCAGUCAGCCAAAAAUUGUUUCAGAUCCCAAAGCCUAUCCUCAGACCUCCAAAAGACGAUUUAUACAUAACAGUCUCUGACGAAAGUGGGAUAUAGUGUGUCUACGUAGCUGUGACCUAACGUGAAGUCGUUAAUUGGUGAAGUCGUAAAGUGGUGAAGUCGUUAAGUCGUUAUAUCUGUACUGUCACACUAUACUGAUUUUAUUUAUUUCGUAUCAUUAAAAUAGUGAGAUAAAAAGGAAUGGAUAUUGCAUUAAUCAAAAACAAAUAUGUCUGAAAUGAAAAAUAUAGUUCAUAUGUAUAAAGACAAGGGAGAUAAUUUAUUGUUUACUUUCAUAGAAAUUUUCUGCUAUUACCAAUGUAUUAUUAUAUACAGUGUUGUCGGUCAUUAUUUGUUUUUAUGCAUGCUAAUGCAUUACGUUUGAUGUUAAGUAUUCGAUUGUUCGUUAAUAGAUAACUUUAGUUUUUUGUUGUUGUUUUUUUUUAAUUGUUUGAAGAUUGUCAUUUAAAAAUGACUAGUAUUAAGGCCCCUAGUUGUAGUGAGUGUACGAUCUAGACCAGUGAUGCCCAAAAUACGGCCCGCGGAUCUGGCCCGCUACAUGGUUCUUACCGGCCCUCCAAAACAUCGGCACAAAGUGUAGAAAAAUCCCCCCCCCCCCAUUUUUUUUUGUAAAGGUUGAAAAAUAUAUCUUUACUUACGUUAGGGCCCUCAAUUUUUUCUCUAAUGGAUUGGUACCAUGGCCUUUAACUUUUGUGCGUUUAUAAAAUGGGAUAAACUUCGCCUAGAGAUUGGAGGAUCCAUGGGAAUAUUUACCAAAAAAGAAACAAGAAAAUAAGUUGGUGGUAAAGCUAGCUACAGUGUUGCUAUUUUAAAUAGAGAAAAGCAGCCAUUUUCUGACGCAUGAAAGAAAAAAAGUUUAAUUUCAAAUAUCCUUUUGAUUAAUGAAGUACUGGAUCCACGGGUUUCUACUCAAAUAGUUUCAGAUCAAUUUCAUUUGGUUUUUGUACCUUUUCGUUCAAGUGGCCCGAGACACAAGUGUCGGAAAUCAAAUUGGCCCGAAGGUCGAAUUAGGUUGGUCAUCACUGAUCUAGACACUACCUGUAGAUUACAAAGGAAAGGAGCAUUAAUUGUUCGUUGAUGAAGAAAGGGAGUAUUAAUUGUUAGUUUUGUAGAAUGAUGCGAGAUAAGCGGCUCUGUCAUAAUCUAUGUUGAGAUCACGAGACGACUCCAGGAUGCCAGAGCGUAAGGACGUGCUUCUGUAGUGAGUUACAUUUUGUAAAAAAAAAAAAAUUAUAUUAUUAGGCCUAAUCUACUACAUUUAUUUCAUUUGAUCUAAGGUUAAAUUUGUCUAUAAUAUAUUGUUAUAAAACUAAUAAUAUCACAAAAGAAGUUCAUUAAUUUAUUUCAAGCUCUAUAAUUUAAACUAUAAUACGCCUACAUUGGUCUGCUAUUACCAUUGUAUUAUUAUAUACAGAGUUGUCGAUCAUUAUUAUUUUUUAUGCAUGCCAAUGCAUUACGUUUGAUGUUAAGUAUACGUUUGUUCGUUAAUAGAUAACUUUAGUUUUUUGUUGUUGUUGUUUUUUUUAAUUGUUUGAAGAUUGUCAUUUAGAAAUUACUAGUAUUAAAGCCCCGAGGUGUAUUGAGUGUACGAUCUAGACCAGUGAUGCCCGAAAUACGGCCCGCGGAUCUGGCCCGCUACAUGAUUCUCACCGGCCCUCCAAAACAUCGGCAAGAAGUGUAGAAAAAUUCCCCCCCCCCCCCCACCUUUUUUUUUUUUAAAGGUGAAAAAUAUAUCUGGUGGUGGUAUAAACUGAAUUAGUCCUCAGUAUAGGUCGUCGUCGUCUGAGGCUUAGUGAACACAAAAAUGAAAUAGACACAAUAGAUAACUAUACAAUCUUCCAUGUUCAUAAGCUCUUUGCUAACAAAAUGGUUAAUGUGUUCGCAUGAGAAAUCUUAGAAGACUUUAGCCCACAAGUUCGAAUUCAGUUCCAUUUUUUUUAAAUCUCAAUACAUUUAAAAAGCGAUCGUCCAGCUACCGCGUUCUUUCUCCCCCUACCCCCUUCCACCAAGUCCAAACAAGUGAUAGGAUCAUAGCCACUGGCGGAUCCGGACCUUUGGAGUGGGUGGGCGAUUCUUUUCAAAACCCUAACCCUAACGCCCUGUAAAUCCCUAACCCUAUGCAUAAACGUGCGUACAGUGUCUAUUUAUAUAUAUAAAUAUAUAUAUGAAAAUAAAAAAAUGGGGUUCAAGGCGAAGCCCCGACGCCAAAAGCCUUUUCUUGCAUUUUUCAAUAAUGAAUAAUGUUUUCCUUGAAAAAUAUUCUACUACGAAUGUAUAGGCCUUUAGUACAUUGCAAAUAAAACCGAUUUAUUCCUUGAAAAGGUAAGAAACCCAACAUAUUUAGAUUAGGAUCGCCGCCGAAAAAAAAAUAUUCGAAAAAUAAUAGAUAAAAAUGCUCAUUUGUAAGUGAUACAUUUUUUUUUUCAACUUUGUAACUUCGUUUUGUUACAGAACUAGAAUUCACAGCUCUGAACUAAAAAAAAAAUUCAUAAGUGGGAGGAGAACUUAAGUGGACCAAUUAGAUUUUAUUCUAAUUUUAUUUGCAUUUAUAGGAUUUAAGCAUAUAUUGUGAGUUAUAGUCCCAAAUGUAUUUAACUAGAGAAAUAUCAGAGUGAGUAUAAGUUGGAAAUAACGAAUAUUUGGGCUUGGAACUCAUCUCAAUCUUUACUCUUAUACUUAAAAAUUUCGUAAGAAUGCUAAAUUUUCCAAAGCAAAGUCUUUCUUAAAAUAAUUAUACUAAAUUCAUGUGAAAUUACCUAAA